GGAGCUGUCCGCGGACAGGGUGCUGAAACCCGGACCCGCACUCCAGCUCAGGGACCACAGCUACCGCUCUCACAGGAAUACAGCGACCUGCUGAACUUCGUUUGGAGGAUUUAGGCACUACGAGGACUUCGGGACGAAAACAGACGGAGCUGGCUUUACCCGCGCCGCUCAUACUGUUGCUCUGAAGUCACACUCUUAUUUUUGGAGUAUCUCUGUUGGGAUUACGCUUCUGAAUGAGCUGCAGCGGGACACACAGGGGAGAGCCAAUGAGGGGCUCUGGAUGGUGGUGGGUGGCCGUCCUGCUUUUCAGUGGAGUCCUGGGGGUGGAGUCUCGGCCCAGCAUGGAGGGACUGGCUCCUCCAGCCUAUCGACCGCUCGUUAGAUUCCGUCACAAGCAGGAUGGGAUCCCAGAGAGUUUGCGGAUUAAGGGCUUUUUGAGCCACAACAGCUUUCCAAACCCCUGUGAACAUAAGUACUGUGGUUUGGGCAAGCACUGUGUGGUGGACCAUGAGACGGGUCAGGGACAGUGCCAGUGUCUGGAGCGCUGCAAACCACACUACAAACCCGUGUGUGGCUCUGAUGGCAAACUGUACCAGAACCACUGUGAGCUGCACAGGGCCUCAUGCCUGGCCCACCAGAGAAUCACCAUCAUGCACAGUGAAGAGUGCUUCUACAAAGAUGAUAACUGUCGUCUUGGAGAUUAUAAGACACUGAAGACCAAAGUUCUGGACCUUCACGCUCAGCGGUAUCUGGCACCAAGUAACCGGGACAGCUAUGAGAAGAACAUGGCAUCCAGGAAGCGCGUAGCUGACCUGAUGUUCAAACGUUUUGAUGCUGACGGGAGUGGAAGAGUGGACAGCAGUGAGCUUUCACAGGUCAUUAAGCAAGAGGGUUUGAGCAAGACAGCAUCGGAGUGCACUCUGUUCGACUUGCUGAAGUAUAACGAUGCCAAUGAUGAUGAGCAUCUGACUAAGGAUGAGUUCUAUGCUGCCUUCGAGGUGUAUCAGCUGAGUCUUGCUGAGGAGCAGAAAGUGAGCAUCACCACGGUAACGGUGGGUCAGAGCGUGGUGCUGACAUGCGGCAUCACGGGCGAGCAGCGGCCGCCAAUUAUCUGGAGACGCAACAACCACUCCCUCAACACGCUGCAACUGGAGGACAUCAACGACUUUGGAGAUGAUGGAAGUCUGUACAUCACCAAAGUGACCACUACUCAUAUGGGCAACUACACCUGCCAUGCUGAUGGCUAUGAGCAGCUUUUCCAGACACACACCCUGCAGGUCAAUGUUCCCCCAGUUAUCCGGGUGUACCCUGAGAGCCAGGCACGGGAGCCUGGGGUCACUGCCAGUUUGAGGUGUCAUGCUGAGGGCAUUCCUGACCCACAGCUGUCCUGGCUGAAGAAUGGCAUGGACAUUGCCACCAAACUCUCCAAACAGCUCACACUGCAAGCAAAUGGAAGCGAAGUGCACAUCAGCAACGUUCACUUUGAGGACACUGGCGCGUACACCUGCAUCGCCCGUAAUGAAGCCGGCGUGGAUGAGGACAUCUCUUCUCUCUUUGUGGAAGAUUCCGCCCGGAAGACGCUGGCAAACAUUCUCUGGAGGGAGGAAGGUCUGGGGAUUGGUAAUAUGUUCUACGUUUUUUACGAGGACGGUAUCAAAGUCAUCCAGCCGGUGGCCUGCGAGAUCCAGAGGCACAUCAAACCCAGCGAGAAGCUUCUCGGUCUGCAGGAGGAAGUUUGUCCAAAAGUGGAGGGGGAGGAAGAACAGAAGUGUGUGUGGACGUCGGCAGUGAACGUGAAGGAUAAGUUCAUCUAUGCCACCCAGCCGCUGCUGAACAGAGUGCUGAUCGUAGACAUCCAAUCUCAGAAGGCUGUUCAAACAGUGAACACGGACCGGGUUCCAGUAAAACUCCAUUAUGACAAGUCUCAUGACCAGGUGUGGAUUCUGAGCUGGGGGGAUCUGGAAAAGAACUUCCCAACUCUCCAGGUGAUUAAGCAGGCCAGUGGCAGCGCGUCCCACCACACCAUCCACACCCAGCCGGUGGGCCGUCGCUUCGACAGGGUAGACGACUUCUUCAUCCCUCCCUCCAGCCUCACCAUCAAUCACAUCAGGUUUGGAAUCAUCCUCCAUAAGAAUGAGCCGGCCCUGCACAAGAUUGACCUGGAGACCACGUCUUACGUCAAGAACAUCAGUUUGCGGGAGUACGACUGUAUCCCGCAGUCGCUGGCCUACACUCACCUGGGCGGCUACUAUUUCAUCAACUGCAGACCAGACUCAACAGGUGCUCUGCGCCCCCAGCUGAUCCUGGACAGCGUGACAGAUGGUGUGAUUGGCCCUAAUGGGGACGUGAGUGGCACACCCUACGUGUCCCCUGAUGGACAUUACCUUGUGAGCAUAGAUGAUCGGGAUGGUCUGAUGCGUCUCCAGCCCAUUUCUGUCCGAGGCCAAAUUGGGCAACCUUUCGACAUCCAUACCAACCUGCACCUCUCUGACCUGGCCUUCAUGCCCUCCUUCACCGAGGUCAACCAGUACAAUGUGUUCGGCAGCUCGGGCCACCAGACAGACGCCCUGUAUGUGGAGCUCAGCACCGGCAACGUCAAAAUGAUCAAGAGCCUCAAACAGCCCACGCCGGCUGCACAGUGGCGCUGGAACCGGCAAAACCGUGUGAUGACCGGGAGCGGCCUUUUCGGACAGUACCUCAUGACUCCUUCUCAGAGUUCCCUGUUCAUCCUGGAUGGACGCCUGGACAAGCUCAACUGUGAAAUCACUGACGUACCCAUGGGGAAUACUGUAGUGUGGGUGGGUGAGGCCUAGGGCUCCAAAAAAGAAGAUUCAUGGAAAAACAAACAAGUACAAUUGCACUGAAUUUGGUCUGUGUAUAAUUUAUUGAGAGGAAUCUCAAGUGAUCCUGAAAAAAAAUACCAAAAUUGACUGUUCUAAAACCACUGUAUCAAGGGAACUUUAUUCAAAAGUAGAGUGGGGUAGAGUGGGAUAUGCUCGUUUUUGUAUGCACUGGAUAGGUUUCAAAGUGAAAUAGCUAACUAUUAGUCACUCCACUGUUAGGUCAAAUUAGCCCUAGUGUCUAAAGGGAUUUAGUACAACGUCAUUCCGUCUGGAGACACAAGGUAAUACAUGUAGAUCCCAAUUUGAAUAUAGCAAAUUUGCUAUGAUAUUCAAAAAAAACUGACAUCAAAUAUAUGAUGGCUAUUCUAAUAAUUUGGGUUUAAUACUUUUUCUCUGCCCCAUGCCCCCAGUCCUUUAUUACAUUCACAUGCGCGUUUGGGCCCACAGUUUUUCCUGUGCCUUGAAGGAACACUCACUCAAACAGAGAAAUAGGAAAAAUAAAAUUAAUUAUUCCCUCUGCGACUGUGGAUAACACCCUCCAUGACCUUUCCGAGUAGGGUGAGAAAAAGACAGCAACACUUAAAUUCCACCUGUUUGUACAUUUGAAAUUCCACCAACCCUCAGCAAUUUUAGCUAAUUAAAAAGGCCCCUCGCUCUGAGAUUGUCCUCGUUUGAAGUGGAGACCAUUGUAAAAGUCAGCAUGGCAACUUUAAAUCUCUCAUUAAGGUUUGUAAACGAUAGGGAUGCAUAAAUUUUGGAUUUACGACGAGUCAAAAAAACGUGAAAAAUGUAAUGGUUAGGCAGGCAGAUCAUUUAUUCUACACUACAUGCUCAUAGAGGAGAUAAAUGGUAACUUAACACUGGAAUGUAAUGGCUUUGAUGAGUUUAGGGUCAGGCUGAGUGUGUGACAUAGCUAUUGUGCAUACUGGGGCUUGAGGGCUGGCUUUCAGUAAAUCAUACAGUGUGUUUCUUGGUGUGGUGUGGUGUUAGACAAGCUUUGUACAUCGCAAGGUUUAUAUAACCGGAGAUCUUUAAUUUGACAGGUCCAGACAUGAGUCACAAUGCUACAUGAGGUCAGCAGCAUGGGCAGAGGAACCUUCUUAGCGUAAUUGGAAGCACAAAUACGUGUGCACGUUGCGUCGAAUCUUCUCCUCGAUGGCCAGAGUCUAUGCAUUUUCACUGACACUCAAACCAAGUGCUUGGAUUUGAGCUUUCGUCACAUGGUUUGGUUUAAUUCCUCAUCUGCUUCAGUAAUUGGACUCUUUUCAACGUGGUUACGUUUCAGUUUUUGUAUAUUUGCUUUUGAAGACUACUGGAGAACCAUUUUUUUGAACUCUGAUUUCAUUGUACACCCGCUGUGACUUUGUUUGUGUUCUGUACAUAGCAGAAGGGUGUAGGUUUCCCCAAAUCGUCUAAAGCUUUAGCUAGUUGAGUUCGGCACCCCCUCCUUUUUCUAAGCGAAAAACGACUGCACUGUUCUUUGUUCCACAAAAUGAAUGAGUACAUUUUGAUGUCACAUCCGACCCAUGUAGCCAUGUAUGUUGACUCGUGUGCUUGUUAUUUAUGUAGAGAAAUCAUGCUUGACAUUUUACCAGUUAAAUAAAGCCUAUAACUUUGAAAAA